GGAGGUGCCGGCGAGGAGGGGCGAAGGGGCGUUGACAGCCUAGCCAGCACCCGGCGGGGCCGCAGGGGGUUUUCCAAGCCCCCUGCCUGGCUCCCUGCUUUCCUGCUGCCGCGGGCGCUGCGGCUCGGGGCUCGGCCGGGGGGAGAACAGGCGGCGGCUCUGGGGGCGCGGCCGGGGGUCGCAGCCGGUGCGGGCGCGGAGCGCGGCAGCCUCCCCCGGGGUCACGGGGGAGAGACCGGCGGCUCUGCCCUGCCGCUGCCUGGAGCCUGCGGCUUAAAUACAGGCUGCAUUUUGUCAACAGCUCAUUCUGGCCGGCAGGUUGGUUGGUGCAACGACUGAACAGCGGGUACCUAGUGUGACUGCCCAUUUCUGCAUUUGGCUCUCCCAUACUGAAGGCUAAGGACCGAGCCUGUCACAGGCUCCUGCAGCUGGGCUUCUGCCAACCCAACAGUGCAAAUGUCCAUGUCUUUCCUGUGCUGAGGGCUCCAGAGCUGGACACUGGACUCCAGAUCUGACUAGCUUGUUGGAAGAUGACAUUUAUUCCUGCCUGAAGCUGCUGUUCUGAAAACAACAGUUGAAGAAUGUGGAAGAAUUCAAGCCUCCGCUGCCUUUUAGUACUAGCUAUUUUAUGUUUAAGCUUAAUAUAUAGCCAAGAGAUAGGUUCUCUGGGGCACUUUCAGAAUUUAAAAUGCAUAACGCACAAUUUACGUAAAAUGAUCUGUACUUGGGAUGUCUCGUCUAAAGGAAGACAUGGACAAACUGACUUCUGCUACACUACCAAUGACCUUCCGCCUUCAGUGUGUUUUAAAACUAAGGAGAAAAGGGUUGAGAUUCCAGUCCCAGAGAGCUCCACCACGGUGACAAUAACCACGAACAGCAUUUCUGGAACUGCUUUGACUGCCAAAGAAUUUGAAAUUCAGAAGAAGGACAUCUCAUUUGUUCCUCUCACUCCACGCAUUCUUAGUUUAACACCUGACUUUUCAACUUCCACGUUAAAUCUGAAGUGGAGUGAUAAUGGAUCAGUCUUCCCGUAUGGACUGGAUGCCUUUUGGCAGAUUCAGAUACUCCGUAAAGAAGCAAUGGAAAAAGUCACACAAGUAACUUACUAUUCAAAACUGACUCAUGAAGACAUCAUUCUUUCUUGGAACUGGACAUCAGAUAUGCCUUUGGAGUGUACAUCGCAUUAUGUGAAGAUUCGCUGCUAUAUUAAUAUAACACAGUUUGUUGGCCCCAAAGAUUGGAGUGAUUGGAGCCCCGUAGCAGAGGUGCCUGGAAAAGAUACUGAGCCCCAUGGGAGUGGAGUGUUUCCUGAGGACACUGUGGUGGCAGUAGGUUCAGAUGUGACAAUUUGUUGUGUCCAUGAAGAAGGACAGCAGAUACAACGGAUGACUUAUGGACCAGAAAUAUACCCAAUGAUACAUCUGAGCAGUCGGAGCAGUGCAAUCAGAGUACUAAAUGCCAGUGCUUCAGAUACCAGUGGGACAAAUGUAGUGUGCAUACUGUCUGGAGAUGAGAUGGAUGGAACUGUCUUGUUUGUAGGAUAUGCCCCUGAUAUUCCCCAAAACCUCAGCUGUGAAACAUCCAACUUCCUGAUAAUAAAAUGCACCUGGAAACCAGGCAGACCCAGUGGACUAUAUGGAAAACGAAGAACAAAAUACAGUUUAUUUGAAAGAAUAUCUGGUAAAAAUGUUUCAUGCGAAGUCAAUGAAAUGAACAAAGAGCGUGUCUGUGGCUUUCCAGUACUGGCUGAUCAAAAAACCUACGAUUUCAUAUUAGGCGUCUCCAAUCCUAUCGGGCAAACAGAGUCAUCACUCAUGGUUGAUCUAACUCGAAGAGUUCAUCCAAAAACUCCAGAAAAGUUAACUGUUUUUGGGAACAGCUCUACAAGCAUCCGUCUGCAUUGGUUUAUAAAUGGCAGCUUUGCUGAGAUCAGGCUUCUGUGUCAAAUUGAAAUUAGCAGUGGUCACUCUGAGCGAAAACUGCACAAUGUCUCUAUGCCUGGUGGAAAGUUUUCGGUUUACACAGCUCAGCUGAACACAUUGCACCCAUAUACCAAAUACCAGUUCAGGGUGCGCUGUGCAGCUGCUGACCACUUCUGGAGGUGGAGUGACUGGAGCAGGGUAGAGGAACACACAACACUGGAAGCCCCUCCUGCAAGAGGACCAGAUAUCUGGAGAGAGAGAAGUCCUUCUGGAAAAAGUCUGAAAAUCUUCUGGAAGCCCUUAUCCCUUUCUGAAGCCAAUGGAAAAAUAGUGUCUCAUGAAGUGUCCUGCUACCUGCUGGAGUCGCCACUGGAGUAUAAAGAAGUCACUGAACCCUCAAACAGUACGGAGAUAAAACUUGGAAAAAAUGACUGCAUAAUUAGUGUUGUGGCCAAAAACCAUGCAGGCUCAUCUCCUCCUUCAAGGAUAACAAGCAUGGAACUUCCAAGUGACAAUGUCAAAACAGAUCGGGCCGUAGCAAUGGGGAAUGGAAUUUUUAUUUCUUGGAAUUCUUACCCCAAUGUGACCUGUGGCUACGUAGUAAAAUGGUGUCAUUCAUCUGGGUCUGAACCCUGUAGUGUGGACUGGCAGAAAUUUCCUUCAAAUACAACAGAUGCAGUGAUAAAGUCUGCUCUGUUUAGACCUGGCGUGAGAUACAACUUUUCACUAUACGGCUGCAAAUCCAGUGGAUAUCAGUUAUUAAAAAACAUAACUGGGUAUACAAAAGAGCUGCCUCCAAAACGUGCACCAAAUUUUACUGUAGAAGAAACUUCUUCAGAUUCUAUAUUGGUAAAAUGGGAAGACAUUCCUAUUGAAGAUUGCCAGGGAUUUUUAGAGGGAUAUCGUCUUUCCUUUGCAAAAGGUGAAAAAGAUGCUUUAAAGCCUAGGCUUUCGGAAUCAGGAAAUCCGGAACUUAAAGUUAAGAAUAUCACUGACUUAACAAAGAAGUCUUUGAAAAUACUUGAUCUUCAAGGCAAAACAAGUUACCAGCUGGACCUACAAGCCUAUACUGCUGGUGGGUUGAGCCCUCCAAACAGCCUCUAUGUGGUGACAAAGGAGGACUCUGUAGGGUUAAUCAUUGCAAUUCUCAUUCCUGUGGCAGUGGUUGUGCUGCUUGGAGUGGUGGCCAGCAUCUUCUGCUACCGAAAGAGGGAAUGGAUUAAAGAAACAUUUUAUCCGGAGAUCCCGAAUCCUGAGAACAGUAAGGCACUGCAGUUUCAGAAGAACAUCUGUGAGGGGAACAAGACACUUAAAACACUGGAAAUGAACCCCUGCACCCCCAAUAGUGUUGAAGUGGUGGAAACACGGUCUGCAGCUCCCAAGAUUGAAGACACAGAAAUUAUGUCCCCAGCAGCAGACACUACUGCACCUGAAGAUGGCUGUGACUCAGAAACGGAGAAUCAUGUGGUUGUGUCCUACUGCCCCCCUAUCAUUGAAGAGGAAAUCUCAAAUCACCCUAUGGAUGAACCUGUGGUGUCAUCUCAGGUGGUUUACAUUGACAUCCAGUCAAUGUAUCAGCCUCAAAUUAAACCAGAGGAAGAGCCAGAAAUAGACUUAGUAACUACAGCAGGCUAUAAGCCACAAAUGCAGCUGCCUAUCAGUGUUCUGAAAAUAGAGAGUUGCUCGUCUGCAGAGGAAGAAUUGGACAAAACUGCAGGCUACAGACCUCAAGCAAACACAAAUGCCUGGAACAUGGACACUCCAGACUCUCCUGGAUCAGUUGAAAGCAACAAUGAAAACGCAUCUUUUGGGAGCCCAUGCUCCAUUAAUUCCCGACAGUUUCUGCUUCCUCCAAAAGAUGAUGAAGACUCUCCCAAACCCAGUAACAUAGGGUGGUCUUUCACACACUUUUUUCAGAACAAACCAAAUGAUUAACAGUGGUUCCUCAUUGCACCUGAACCUGCCUUCAAAAUAAGCUCUUAUUCCCUAUGAUGUAAAGAAAGGAGGAAAGAAAGCGCAAAAGGCAUGAAUUAUUCUUGGAGACCGUCAGCACAGGUUCUAGUGAGCUGAAUGUUAUGUUUAAGUUAGUGAAAGUGUUAAUGUUCCAUUUUAAUAGAAGCUGAGAGGCCAAAGUUAUAGCAAUUUAGUUAUUACUCAAGUAAAAUAUACUGAAUAUAAGGAGUAUUGAGUUUAGAGCUCCUGAUAAUCAUAGUUAAAGAAUGCUGCCUACCUUCACAUAGUGCUCCAAGAUUAAUAUGGUCUUAUGCAACUUAUAACUGGGAAAGAUUGCCUCGCUUUGUAGUAGUUGUUCUCAACCAUGCAUACUCAAAUGAUACAGCUCCAACAGAUUUCCUUACUGAAGGUGUCAUUUAUCACAAACCUUAGCCUAACACAUGGAAAUGAUGUGGUUGAAAACUGUUGAGAUCUUUUACUUAGGUAUAAUAUAAGAACAGAUGAGAGUGCUAUUUUUUUUCUUCUCCCGUACAGAAGGGUAUUGUCACAGUUUAACAUUUCUGAAGCAACAGCCAUUCAAAUCUGUUGCUUUUAAACUAGAUACUAGUUUCUGUACCUACUGUACAAUGUUUAUUCAAUGUUUGACUCAGGGGUACAAACUUGGGGAAAAAAAGUGUAACACUGAUUUAAACCUCAACAAGAACUGCAUGAAGUUUAAAACUUUUCUUUAAAAAAACAAAACAAAACAAAAAAAACAACAAACAAGCCUUAGAAUGCUCUAUAUUUUUUUCUGUUCUUUGGUUAAGGACUUAAUCUUUCCUAACGUAUUGCACUAAUGCAUUUUGUAUUUCAUAGCUUCAGCUCCAGACCUUCUUCAAAGUGGUACAGCACUCCAUUCGCCCCCAGUUUUCAGCAGUCUUUGCACUAUGCAGUAAUGUAAGCCAUGGGGAAAUCUCUAUCUACUAACAUUAGCUGUCCAAGCAGUUUGGCAUGUAAAAUUAGAAGCAGUAGUACUAGCUCCUUGAGAACAAAUUGCUCUUUGGAUAGUCUUUAUUGUAUAAGCUUUGCCACUUGCUGCCUGACUGUUCUCAGUGUCUAUCCAACAGGACCUUCUCUACAAAUCCUAAUGGGGAGUUCAGGGUGGGACUUCUCUAGUGGCAGGAGAAAUCCAAGGAGGCUUUAGUGCCACUAAUUCUACCUCUCCUUUACCAGAUGUGAUGCAAAGAAGCUUAAAUGAUGUACGUCUGUAUGCUUAAAGAAGUGUUCAGAACAAUCAUCUUUGAAAAUGCUUGUAUUCACAUAUGCGUCUCCAGGCAGCUGUAAUUGUAACAUUUCACUGUGUAAACUUCAGACUGUGGCACACAUGAAUUUCACUAGCGUACAGGAGAAAGUGCUUUCUACCUUACCUGUUCCUUAACAUAAAACACAGUGAUGAGAGGUUAAAUGGUAAAAAGCUUGAUCAAAAAGGGUCUCCAUAAAGUCCUAACCAAAUUUUUUUUUUCAGAUUUCAAUUUCCCUAGCUACUUUGUGGUUUGUUGAAUAAAUAAGAUGGGGGAAUGGUUUUUUAAACAAGAUCCCGAAAUGGAUAAGGAGGCUGAAUUGGCUAAACUGCUGGUUGUAGAGAUGAGAGAGCAGGCUAGGAAGAUGGCUAGUUUGGCAGACGUUUGGUCUCCAAACCAUAUGAUCUGGCCAUCAAAAUAAAGCCAACCAUAAGGUUAAACCUAAUUGCAGCAAUGGAUGAUGCAGUUUCAGAUGGUGGUAUGUCUCUACCAUCUGUGUAGAAUGAAAAUACAGAGGAAUUUCAAAACUGACAAAAAGGCAAACCACUAAGUAGCAUCCAAAUCAUCAUCAGUAACAACUAACAGUGUGUGACUCCUGGAAGCAUGAAAUGUGAAGAAAGUAAAACCAUACCUGUCUGCAGACCUGACAGACUGCAAGGUGUGUCUGAAAGAUGAGAAAAAUGCAGAUAGAGUUCUGCUUUUGAGGUUGAAUCUUGGAAUUAGCAGAGCUGUGAGUGAAAAGACAGACAGGCAGUGCAAAGAGCUGAUGUCCAUCUGUCACCAGACAUCACCGCAAGAGAAAGUUUCAUGCCUAAGCUAUUACUGCCUCUUAUUGAGAACACUAUGUAUAGAUAAAAGGAAGCAUUUCUGCCCUUUGUGCUCAAUAGCUGGGAGGUGGCUAUAUCCUGAUAGUAACAACCCUUUCUUACAAUAACUUUUAGAGCAGAUUUCUUUUCACUAGUGCAGAUUUGGCUUAAUGUGUUUAUCUCCUAAGAUGAAUUUUAGAUUGUGCUGUCAUAUGCUUUUAAUUGAAAGCAGAAGAUGUCAAGGACCGAAUGUAUGGGUAGUGGUUAGUGUUUUUAAUGGAGCAGAUUCUCAAUGUAGAGUUGCAAUCAAUAUUGUAUGGUGAUCCAAACAAACAAAAAAAACCCUCUGUAGUGGAACCGUUGAUCAUGAAGAAUAACUGUGCUUUCAGAUGGCUGUGUAUUGCAAGAAACAAAACCAAACUGAAGUUUGAGAGUAUUAACAAUUUUCAAUUUGGCAGACUGGAAUCCAGGGCAGCUGCAGAGAACACGUAGAACUCACAGGCAGCAGCCUAACACCCUUCACAGGGGUUCCAUGAUGAAUCAAACACAACCAUCACAUACUCAGGUUUUCCUUUGUGCUGCUCUUCCUAUUCAGUAAAGGCAACAGCAUUUUAAAUUGCUUCAUUUCUUAGUGAUUAGGUAGGGGAAAGGUCUACAAAUAUAGGGAGUGCCUCAGUGUUAGUAAAGCAUUCUCAUCUAAUUUUCCAUCACUUUUAAAAAAAAAAAAAAAAAAAACAACUUUGACUAUAUGUUUUGACUGGUGUUCUGACUUCCAGGAUGUAGGGCAGAAGAGUCCUGUUAAUAGCAGUGGUUUACCAUACACAUCAUUUUGUAUCCACAGCAGAAGAGUGAAGCAAAUGGAGUAGAGGCACAGACUUGUGCAUCGUAUGUAGCAUCGCUUACUGUUGCUUAAUGCUUAUGAAUGACUAAGUAGUUUUCAUUCCAGCACUUGAAAGCUCAGCUGUUUCACCUCUGUGGUUUCCUUUGAGCCUAUUCAAUGCUGACAGUGAGGACUCCUUUCAAAUGCCUAUCUCAGAUCUUCAGCAGUGAAUCCAAAUACCAGAUGGGUAGUGAGAGGUUGUGUGCUAAUUCAGUGAUCAAGCAAAAAAACCCCUAGGUGCAUGGAGCAGUAAGGAUGACUGACAAGGACUGUCAGGGAAUGGACUUGAUUUCUGAGCCCAAGUGCUAUGCUAAAAAAGUGAAACGUCUUUAGGAAUACCUUCAUACCAAAUUCACUUUUGAAGCACGAUGCUGUUUAGCCUCUAAAUGCAUUGAUAACAAUUGCAAGAGCAAAACCUUGGGUUUCAGAGGGAAUCAGACUCGUUCUGCUAGUGCCUUUGAGCUUCCUGGUGAGCCUCUUCAGUCAAAUUGUUUCUAAAAAAUUUUAAAUUGAUUUUAAAAUAUUUUUUUUUAAAUAAAAUAAAUUAAAAAAAUAAAACUAACUUCUCGAAGGAGUAUGACCAGAAGGGGUUGUGUCCAAAACACUCUUACUCCUAACUCAGUACUUCUAUCCUCCAGUUGGAUUAGUGCCUAGAGAUGUAGGGUGUUAAUACUAAGCAAUUUCUUUCUGAAGCAAAUUAUCGGUGCUGCUACUUUUUAAUUUUGAGCCAUGCCUGUCAUAUGUGACAAUUGGGGAUUUGUGAUGGGUUUUUGUACUGUUCACUGUACGCAUGGAAUAUAGUCAUGUUUGAUGGAACAUCGUGCACUCUCCUGUUUGACACAUUCAUUAUUUUUUGUUGUUCUGACAUGCAGGGGGAUCUGGGACCUUGGUUUUCUGUGUUAAAUUUUGGGAUGGUAGACCUGCAUGUGAUAUACCUCACAGAACUACUAGUUACAUAUAUCAACAAAAUAGUAAGCUAAUACUACAAGCAGGCAGUGAAUUACCUGCCCUGCUAUGCAGUGCCUGCGUAGACAGACUUAGGACCCAAGGACUGACACCUGCUGUGGUAGCUGUCUUUGUUAUCUGUAGUUGCUGUUACCAUGGGUAAACCAUUUCCAAAGGGAACCAGUAGCCAAGUUGUCUGUCACGGCACAAUUGGCAGAUGCGCCGUGUUUCUUUGUCUUUGGUUUAUGUGGGGGACCAGAGCUUUCUUCUGCUGGGAACAUGGCAGCUUCUGCUGACCUCGAGUUCUAGGCUGCUCUGAAGAGGCACGUUUUUUGGGUUUUUUUUUUAAUAUGUUCAGUGGGUAAAGCUUAGGGCUGUGGUGUUUCCUGUGAUCUUGUCCUUCAGGACAUGAACAUGAAUAGUAGUGAAAAAGAAGGUAAUUGUAUGCAUUGAAGGGGGAAGGUGUUUAGACAUCACUCUGAAAAGGAAAUGAGAAAGUAAAUAGAAUAUUUGUAUACCUGCAAGUAGAUACCUGCAAGGGAAAAUACAUAGGAAAAACGUAACACUUAAAGAAUUGGAUUGCUAACAAGCCUCCAUGUACUGUAAAUCUAUCAAGAGCUUUCCAUGUAAAAGCAUCCUGUUCCACCACAGACUUUGAAGACGACUUCAGUGCAAAUGGCAUUAAUCUUUUUAACACUAGGAGAAGUCCUAACCUGUUAUGCACAUAUGUGCUUACACAUUAUGUACCUAGGUGCAUAUUGCAGAGGAAGUUGGCCUGCCAUUCCCAAAACGAUUUUUUUCGAAGCCUUGUACUUGAAUAUAUCCCUUUUGAGAUGCAGUUUUCAUCGAGAGGAAACAGCUGCCAUCUGUGCUUCUCCCAACACAGCACAUAGAGUUUGUGCCGCUGUGCGUGAAGUGGUGCCUUGUGUGGCUGAUGCUCAGAGAUGCUGUCAACAGUUCACAAGAUCUGUGGUUGGCUUUUUCUUUGCCUUUUCCUUAGCAAACCUGGAAACAGUCCCAGACCAUAAAUGGCAGACAUGGAUUCAGAAAUGCCAGAGUUUCUAAAUUCUGAUUUCCUCAUGCUUAUGCCUGUCUUAAAUUUUUAAAUAUUUCCUUAGAAACUGGAAAACAGUUUCUUCUGUAACAAUUUUCUUUCCUCUCCUCCUGCGUUUAUAUAACUUUGGAUUUUCCCCAGUGUUUCUAAGAUAGCCAGUAUUUGUUUCCUUUUUGCGUGUUAGGCAAACAAACUUUAGAUGAUAUUGGCAGGGGUUUCUGUAACUUCUUAAGUUGUCCCAGGGUGCAUAACAAUACUUUUUCCCCACAAAAAUGUCUAUUAAUUCCUUCUGGUUUUACAACAAAAAAGUCUGCAGAGAGCUAUUGUAUUUCAGAAGGCAGAGGCUCAGCAUCCCAGUGCAGGUGAGCGGGUCUAAUGGCAGGAUGCUGCAGGAGAGGACGGGGCUAAUCCUUCUCCAGUCUCACCGUCUCCUUGUUACAGUGCUGCCCAAGUGACUUAAUGGGGCAGCAGAGCAGAUGGCAUCCCUAGUUGUGACACCCAGUGUGAUAUCCAGCAGAACUAGGUGGCUUUUUGGACGAUCCCAAAUCUGCAUUUCAACUGUUGUUACAUGAAAGGAAGCUUCAUGCACAACUUACGCAAGAAGGUUCAGUACCUUCGCAACUCAUUUGUUCUCAUGUUGUGCAAAAUGUAAUAACUAAAACUUAGCCAUGGACAAAAGAAAACAUGAGAUCAUUUUCAUUAUUUGGGCUGAGAAAAAGUCAAAAAUGAAAUAGCUUAAGCAGGGCAAAAUAAAAUAUAAACUGGUAAGGUCUUGCACAUUUUAGUAGUAAUACAAAAAAAAAUCCUGCAACGUUGUUUUGUCAAUGUUUCCUUAAUGUGAUUCCAGAGUGGCUUGGGAUGAACAACAUUUUGUGCUUCAUAUUGUUUCUGAAACGUUUUUAAAGAUGGGGAUAGCAAAAAAAAUAACUGAACUGACUUGUGUCUGAAAUCCUACCCGAAGGUAACAGUAAUUUGAGCUUUGAUCCUGUUGUGGCCCACAAAAUAGCAGAGCUGGUGGAGUCCUACAGGUCACUGAAAAAAAAGUGUGUUGUACUAUAAUGCUGUAACUUAAAAUAUAUACUGUGAACAAGUCCAAUGUUUUUUUAGCUCUUUUUAUACCAUACUUUUUACAGCGUAAAUAAUUUGUUUAGAGAUGUUUUAUGUUCUGUUUUCACAAAGAUUUUUAUGGAUUUUUGUUUAACACUAGUGAAAGUAUUGUUUGCCAAUUUGAAAUAGUUAUCUAUAGAAAUUAAUGCUGAGAAUAAAUCAAUAAAUCAAGCUGACAAAAUAGUCUUCCUAACACACUAAAUUUAAUCAAUCAUUUAACAUAUUUCUGUUGCUGAAUGAUACUGAAGUUUUCCAGCUUCCAAAUCUGCCACUGAAAAAAUAUUUCUAUCACAGUUUAAGCAAAAUCAUCACAAGGCACUUUAGUUAAGUUGUAGUACACCAGUAAAGUACUGAUUCAGCAAAGUCUAUCAACAUAAAAAUUUUUGAGCUAAUCAAUUAAACAAAUGCAUGCUUGAAAAAGGAAGCGUGGGAUCAUGUUGGGGAUAUAAUAUUCCAGUGUGGUAGAUGACAUUUAAGACUAACCUAACACUAAAUAACAAAUUUGCAUACAUUUUAAACCUAGUUUGCUUGGCUGUUGAAAGUCCUGUUGUAUUGCUUGAAUGUCUAAAAAUACGCAUGUAUUUAACAAUUUUACGAUAGUAUUGCCAUGGAAUUUAAUAAAUAUAUUUUCUUACACUCUUA